AUGACGUCCGAGCCUAGCAGAAGAGGCGCCUUCAUCGUGCUCGAGGGUCUCGAUCGCAGCGGCAAGACAACCCAAGUCAAACUCCUCGAGCAGCGGUUCAUCGAGGCAGGCCGGCCAGCAAAGACCAUGCGCUUUCCAGAUAGAUCAACGGUCAUUGGUAAGAUGAUUGAUGGCUAUCUCAAGAGCGAUGUGGAGGUGGAGGAUCAUGUCAUCCACCUCUUGUUCAGCGCGAACCGAAAGUCGAUUAAAAGGUUGUUGAAUGAAGGGACGACCAUUGUCUGCGACCGCUACUAUCACUCAGGGAUAGUGUACUCUUACGCCAAAUCAAACCUAUCCAUGCCGCUCUCCUGGCUCACAGCCCCUGAAAGUGGGCUGCCACGUCCUGACGCCGUCUUGUUCCUGGAUCUUACGCCGGACGAGGCGAGAGCGCGAGGUGGAUGGGGCAAUGAGAUCUACGAGAAAGAGGGGAUGCAGAAGAAGGUGGGUGAGGCCUUUCGGCAGCUUGGCGGUGUCAUCGAUGGUGGGGAGAUUGAGCGAGACGAGGAUGUCGUCGUCGUGAAUGCCGGCGGGAGCGUAGAAGACGUUUCUGAGAAGAUAUGGAGCGUGGUAGCUGGAGUUUUGAACGCAGUGGAAAGGGGGGAGAAGGGGGGACUCUUCGAGCAUUGCCCCAGCGACUGCGACGGCACUAUGUCCGGUUCGCGACCCCACACGUCCGAGGCUCAGCCUGGCGACGACCCCAUCGCCAUCGACCACGCUCCAGCACAUGCGACAUCCCACCCGCUCACGGUCGAUACGCAAAAUCUCCAGAACAUCCCUUCCACCGCCGGCGAGCCCCAGCACGAUGCGUCAUCCGACUCGCGCGUCCAUCAGGCCAGCCCCAGCCUGCUGUCGCCUUCCCUCCGUCUUCGCCGCCGCAACACCCUCGCGCCACCUUCCGCCGGUGGACUCGGGGGUCGGGCUCGAGCCGCCACAUUCCGCACGGUGGAGGACUACGAUGAGUUGGAGACGGAUCACAAUGAGAGGCCAGGAUGGCAGCCGGGGUCGGAGCCUGGGUAUGAUCCCCAGCUUCCAGACGGAGGCCAUGCGUCCAUGCCCACGCUGAGUGCGCCUUGUCAGAUCACAGUGGUAGAUUGGGCGGACCAUCAUGUCGAAAAGCGUCAUUUUGACAAUCAAGGGUUCAUCGAAUACAUAGCCCGCCCCAAAGAGAAAUGGGCCAAAUGCCGCUGGAUCAAUGUCAACGGGUUGAGUUGGGACGUGAUCCAGGCCGUCGGUUUCCACAAGGGACUGCAUAAGCUGGCGCUGGAGGAUGUCAUGAACCUGCGCAACCGAACCAAGGCUGAUUGGUACCCGAACCACGCAUUCAUCAUCAUGACCCUGCAAAAGCUGGUGCAUCUCGUCAGUGAGGAUGAUAGUAGCUCGUCCAGCUCAAGCACGAGCUUGUCCUCUCACAAGUCGUUCCGCUCGUUGCGAGAGUCGUUUAUGGAUCUUUGGAGGUCAAAGCGUUCCGAGCGCGAGGAAGCCAUAAAGAGCAUUGGCCGGGACUCGGAGAAGGUCAUGCCAAAUAUCGCCAACGGCUUAGAGGCCUUGCCUGGCGGAUCGAUGCUGAACGAGACUGCCAUGCUCCGAUCGUUACAGCGGUAUCAUGCCUCCGGGAAUGAGGCACGAACCGAAUACAUGGAACGACAUUCAUCGCUUGCGCCACACAAGAUGGCCAUUUCGGCGGAACAAGUCUCAUUAUUUCUGACUUCUGACAAUACCGUCAUCUCCUUCUUCGAGGGCUCAGCUGGUGAUGUUGAGCGUCCCAUUGUCACUCGUCUCUGCACACCGGGAACCAUCCUUCGAGAGUCAGUUGACGGCUCCUUACUUAUCCAAGCCAUCAUCGACGCAAUCAUCGAUCUUGCCAUCCCCUUGGCCGCCGUAUAUACCGACGUCAUUGGUGACCUGGAGUUGGACGUGCUCACUUCGCCGUCCAUGCACCAAAGUCGCAGCUUGUACAUCUGCAUAGCUGAGAUCAACAAGAUGCUCAGCUUCCUGAAUCCGGUCGAUAACUUGGUCAACGUACUCCGCGACCAUUGUACCUUGCUGGAGCAGGACGAGGCAAUGGAAGAGCUGGAGAACCCAGAGUCCGGGGUCAUCAUCACACCCAAGACGCAGACGUAUCUCGGCGACGUCCUCGAUCACUGUAUCAUUGUGACCGAGAACCUACAGCAGUUGAAGCAGUCGUCUGACAACCUGAUCAGUCUGAUUUUCAACACCAUCAGUGCCGGUCAGAACGAGAGCAUGAAGCAACUGACCACGGUGACGAUUAUAUUCCUGCCGCUAACGUUCAUCACUGGAUUCUUUGGCCAGAACUUUCCACCGGAACUAUUCCCAGAAGUCAAAAACGGCAUAUGGUACUUCGUCGAUAUCCUGUUGUGCGCCAUGGCCACAGAUCGCAUCAUCUUUCGCAAUGCGCAGGUGUAUCAAUCCUCCCACCAGGAUGAAAAGCCGAGCCUUGUCGACUGCAUGAUCGUCCACAAUGGAGAAAUCGCAUUCGUCGGCUCUUUAUCAGAUCCAGCUGUACAUGCUGCUCGAGACCAAGGCGCGGCGGAAAGAGAUAUUGGGGGCCUGAAGAUUCUGCCCAGCUUCAUCGAUGGACACGUGCAUCUGCUUCUCCUCGGCCAGUCCCUCACUAAAGUAGCCCUGGACGACUGCAAAUCGCUCGAAGACAUUAGAGACCGAAUGCGCGAGGCAGCGCGCAAUGACCCCGGUGCCAAGAGGCUGUAUGGAAAGGGAUGGAUGCACAGCAUGACGCCCGACGGUGUUGAUGCGAGCAUGCUAGAUGACAUUGACCCACGACCCAUGUACAUCGACACAAAGGAUUUACAUUCGACUUGGGCGAACACUGCGGGCGUCAAGGAAGUCUGUGAGGUUAUGCUUCUUGAUUUCGAUGGAUCGACGCCGGAUCCGCCCGGCGGCAGUUUCUCGCGCGAUGCACAGGGACGCUUGAAUGGGGUGUUCAAUGAAAGCGCCGUCUUUGAGAUCAUCUGGCCGUUUGUGGCCCGCGUCGCCAGCGUAGAAGAAAGAAAGGAAUCGAUCCGCGCGGCCAUCCGGGCAUUCAAUGCGUGCGGCUACACUGGCAUGGUUGACAUGGCCAUGGACGACACCAUCUGGGAGCCCCUCGUCGAGCUGCGCAACCAGGAAGGCUUGGGCGGCAUGCGCGUUGCCGCCUACUGGCUUAUGAAGCCCCUCAAGGAAGACUCGGGCGUCGAUGCGGUGUUGGCACAGGUUGACCACGCAGCGAAGCUAGCACGCGAAUUCAAGGAGCAAGACUGCAGAGUGGUGGGGAUCAAAGUCAUCUGUGACGGUAUCAUUGACGCUUGCACGGCUUCCCUGACCGAGCCAUAUUCUACCGGUAUCAACCCUGAUCCCAUCUGGCCCGAAGAGGUCCUCCAUCCGCUCGUCAAACGUGCGCACGACGCCGGCCUGCAAGUUGCUCUGCAUGCCAUUGGCGACCGCACUAUCAACACGGCCAUCAACGUUCUGGAGAAGAACACAAACGCCUCGAGGAGACCGCGCAUCGAGCAUUUGGAACUCGCCUCUGAGAGUGAUGCCGCAAGACUUGGCAAGCUAGGCAUCACGGCCUCCAUCCAGCCUGUGCACGCCGAUCCCGCCAUUCUGCGUGCCUGGCCGCGGCUGCUAGGCGAGCACCGAUGCAAGCGCCGUUUCGCGUACCGGGAGUUUGCUGAUGGGGGCGCGAACCUGGCGCUGGGCUCCGAUGCACCGACGGCACCUCACGUGCCGCUGCCCAAUCUCUAUGUCGCCACCACGAGAAAAUCGUACCGCGAGCCGGCGUGCGAGGAGGUUGUCAACCCCGAAUUCGCGCUCACGGUGUGUCAAGCUGUGGCAGGUGCCACUCUCGGAUCUGCGUACUCGUGUUUCGCGGACCAGUGGACUGGCGAUCUCCGUGUAGGGAAGCAGGCGGACUUUGUCGUGUGCGACGUCGAGCUCGAACCCGAGGGGCUGAUUCGCGGUGUCGUGAAGGAAACAUGGUUUGAGGGCCGGCAAGUCUUUCAGAAGGAAUAG